AAAACGAGAUGGUGCCAUGGAUUGUGUGAAACUGAAGGAACAGAUAGUGUUAUCAUCCUUGAUAUAACUGAAAGCAGAGGCAACAGUACUGAUCAAGUUACUGUUCCUUCUGAGCUUCCUAUACGUGGCGAUUUGAAUCAAGUGGAAUUAACGAUUCAGUCAGCUACACGUGAUUAUUUUACCUUAGAAGGGAAGAAACUGCGAUUGAAACGACCGUUAGACAGAGAUUCAGACGAAAUUACACAGAUACGUUUAAAUAUCAUAUGUCGCGAAUUAUCAACGUCAAAUCAGAGGAAUAUUCCUGUAUUAAUACGAGUCACUGAUAUCAAUGACAAUGCACCAAUAUUUAAAGAAAAUUCAUAUUCCUGCUCCGUAUCUGAGUUAGCACCAGUAGGAACAACCAUAUUUAGAGAUCUUUCAGCAAUCGAUAAAGAUGCGAACAACAAUGGAUUAGUGGAAUAUUAUACAGUUAAAGGAGAUGGCACUCAUCAUGAUGGCUACAGAAGUUUCGCUAUAAAUUUGCCAUAUCAAGGAUUGGUAACAGUGAAUAAAUCUUUGGAUUAUGAAAGUACACAGAAAUAUUACCUUACCAUUCAAGCAGUGGAUAGAGCAGACAGACCAGAAGAUCGUCUUACAGCUACAACUACUUUAACGAUCUUCGUAGAAGAUGGAGAUGAUCAAGAUCCUGCAUUUCUUCAUUCAGGAUGUACUUUUGUUAAUAAUGCUUGUGUAAAUGUGGAAUAUACAGCAGAAGUAACAAGUGGUGCUUUAGCGGGAAUCCUUAAAAUCCGUCCUGAUAAUAUAAAAGCCAAAGAUAGAGAUUCCUUAAAUUCACCGAUUAAAUAUAGUUUCGUUAAUGGUACACCUUUAUUUUAUUCUGAAUACUUCCAAAUAGAUCCAAAACGUGGUAAUAUUCGACAAAUAAAAGCUGUUGAUCGAAGCGUAUCUAAAAUAUUUAGUAUCAUUAUUAAAGCCGAAGAAGAAACCGAAGGCAAAAGAUUCACCACAGCUAAAUUAACAGUUGACGUUCUACCUGUUGAUAAUAAUCCACCGAUUAUAACACCAACUGCACUUAUUGGUUACGUUGAUGAAAAUUCUCCUGUAGGAACUACAGUAGUUACAGCAAGAGAUGGCAAAGAACCAUUGAAACUUGUGGUUACUGAUGCGGAUAUAGCUCCUGAUGAUCCACCAGUGGAAUACAUAUUCGAACUGACUACAAAUUCAUUUCGAGUGAAUGCUGAUGGUUAUUUAGUAGUAAAUGAAGCUGAAUUAGAUCGAGAUCCGCCAAAUCCGAGUAAAUAUACAUUUCAGGUUAUAGCUAGGCAGGUUAACAGUACAAAUGGAAGAGGUGCGAGCGCUCCUAUUACACUCAACGUACACUUGAAUGACGUCAACGAUAAUUCCCCUCGUUUACCUUCCUUGUCGCCUGUUCGCAUUCAAGCAGGGGAGGGAGUUCGACCAGUUACACAAGUUCAAGCUCGAGAUAAUGAUGUAGGAGAGUUUGCUAAAGUUACCUAUUCGAUUUAUCACGUAUCUAAUAAUGGUAUGAGUAAAUUUAGAGUAGAUCCUGAUUCAGGUCACAUACAAGUUGUGGAUAAAGUUGUUGCUGGAGAGCAAUACAGUAUAACCAUACAGGCAACUGAUACUGGAGGAAGAUUCAUGCAAAGCAUCGUAGAUGUUAUAGUUGUACCUGGUCCAAAUACAGGAGGUCCUGUGUUUUCGAAAGAUAAAUACGAAAUUCAAGUUAGUGAAGGUGCUUCGUUGAAUUCCGCAGUAAUAACUGUUAUAGCUGAAGAUCCGGAAAGAGACAAAGUAAAAUAUAGCAUUAUAGAAGGAAAUAUUAACAAAGAUUUCGAUAUUGGACCAAAUAGUGGUGUGAUAUUUGUUGCUAAGAAGUUAGAUAGAGAAGAAGUAUCCACAUAUAAUCUACUUGUCAAGGCUGAAGAUCCCAGCGGAUUGUUUAACACAGCUACUGUAUCAAUAACAGUAACUGAUAUCAACGAUCAAAAUCCCAUCUUUCUUCAAGAUAAUUAUACAUUCGUUGUAGAUGAAGGUCUUGUUAGAGCACCCAUUGGAGUGGUUCAAGCUCGCGAUGAUGAUAUUGGUACAAAUGGUGAAGUCUUGUAUUCUGUAUCAGGAAAUAACGAUUUUUCGAUAAAUCCUCAGAAUGGAGAAAUACACGUGAAAAAAAUGUUAGAUUAUGAAAAACAGAAAAAACAUUUACUAGUUGUAACUGCUAGAGACAAAGCUCCUGAUGCUAGGUUAGCAACAGCAAGUGUAACUGUACUUGUAAAUGAUGUACAAGAUGAGAAACCAAUUUUUACAACUCCUGUAUACGAAGCAAUAGUUCCAGAAAAUCUUCCUCAUCAAGAAAUUGUACAAGUACAGGCUACUGAUCCUGACUCAGUUAGUAGCAUUACUUACAUAUUGAAAGAUGCGGAACCUGGUUUGUUUGCUGUAGAUCCAGUAACUGGAGUGGUAAGGACACUCAGGGGGUUAGAUUUUGAAUAUAAGAACACAUACAGACUUACUGUAGGCACUUUGGAAAAUGAUAGCAACGAUCCAAGAGCAACUUGUACCGUUCUAGUCACGGUUCAAGAUAGAAACGAUGUUCCGCCAACGUUUACAAGUGUUCCUCUACCAAUUAGACUACAAGAUACCGUUCCAUUAGGUACCGUUGUUACAACAGUAGUUGCUACUGAUGCAGAUGGAACUCCUCCCGGAAAUCAAGUUAGAUACGAGUUAAGUGGCAGAGAUAAGGCUCCGUACUACUUUUUAAUUGAUGGUAACAGUGGUGUCGUUUCUGUGAAAGACGAUCUUCGAAAGGAACCAGACUCAGAAUAUCGCAUUGAAGUUAGAGCUCGAGAUCUUGGAGAACCUUCUCUUUCUGCUACAGCCACCAUAACUGUUUAUGUGGAACAUAUCGUUACAAUUCCUCCAAAUUCCGGACUCGGUUUUGCUGAUAGUCAUUACACGGAUAGAAACGAUGUUCCGCCAACGUUUACAAGUGUUCCUCUACCAAUUAGACUACAAGAUACCGUUCCAUUAGGUACCGUUGUUACAACAGUAGUUGCUACUGAUGCAGAUGGAACUCCUCCCGGAAAUCAAGUUAGAUACGAGUUAAGUGGCAGAGAUAAGGCUCCGUACUACUUUUUAAUUGAUGGUAACAGUGGUGUCGUUUCUGUGAAAGACGAUCUUCGAAAGGAACCAGACUCAGAAUAUCGCAUUGAAGUUAGAGCUCGAGAUCUUGGAGAACCUUCUCUUUCUGCUACAGCCACCAUAACUGUUUAUGUGGAACAUAUCGUUACAAUUCCUCCAAAUUCCGGACUCGGUUUUGCUGAUAGUCAUUACACUUAUAGAUUCAUGCAAAGCAUCGUAGAUGUUAUAGUUGUACCUGGUCCAAAUACAGGAGGUCCUGUGUUUUCGAAAGAUAAAUACGAAAUUCAAGUUAGUGAAGGUGCUUCGUUGAAUUCCGCAGUAAUAACUGUUAUAGCUGAAGAUCCGGAAAGAGACAAAGUAAAAUAUAGCAUUAUAGAAGGAAAUAUUAACAAAGAUUUCGAUAUUGGACCAAAUAGUGGUGUGAUAUUUGUUGCUAAGAAGUUAGAUAGAGAAGAAGUAUCCACAUAUAAUCUACUUGUCAAGGCUGAAGAUCCCAGCGGAUUGUUUAACACAGCUACUGUAUCAAUAACAGUAACUGAUAUCAACGAUCAAAAUCCCAUCUUUCUUCAAGAUAAUUAUACAUUCGUUGUAGAUGAAGGUCUUGUUAGAGCACCCAUUGGAGUGGUUCAAGCUCGCGAUGAUGAUAUUGGUACAAAUGGUGAAGUCUUGUAUUCUGUAUCAGGAAAUAACGAUUUUUCGAUAAAUCCUCAGAAUGGAGAAAUACACGUGAAAAAAAUGUUAGAUUAUGAAAAACAGAAAAAACAUUUACUAGUUGUAACUGCUAGAGACAAAGCUCCUGAUGCUAGGUUAGCAACAGCAAGUGUAACUGUACUUGUAAAUGAUGUACAAGAUGAGAAACCAAUUUUUACAACUCCUGUAUACGAAGCAAUAGUUCCAGAAAAUCUUCCUCAUCAAGAAAUUGUACAAGUACAGGCUACUGAUCCUGACUCAGUUAGUAGCAUUACUUACAUAUUGAAAGAUGCGGAACCUGGUUUGUUUGCUGUAGAUCCAGUAACUGGAGUGGUAAGGACACUCAGGGGGUUAGAUUUUGAAUAUAAGAACACAUACAGACUUACUGUAGGCACUUUGGAAAAUGAUAGCAACGAUCCAAGAGCAACUUGUACCGUUCUAGUCACGGUUCAAGAUAGAAACGAUGUUCCGCCAACGUUUACAAGUGUUCCUCUACCAAUUAGACUACAAGAUACCGUUCCAUUAGGUACCGUUGUUACAACAGUAGUUGCUACUGAUGCAGAUGGAACUCCUCCCGGAAAUCAAGUUAGAUACGAGUUAAGUGGCAGAGAUAAGGCUCCGUACUACUUUUUAAUUGAUGGUAACAGUGGUGUCGUUUCUGUGAAAGACGAUCUUCGAAAGGAACCAGACUCAGAAUAUCGCAUUGAAGUUAGAGCUCGAGAUCUUGGAGAACCUUCUCUUUCUGCUACAGCCACCAUAACUGUUUAUGUGGAACAUAUCGUUACAAUUCCUCCAAAUUCCGGACUCGGUUUUGCUGAUAGUCAUUACACUGUUGAAGUAGAGGAAAAUUCUUUAGCUAAUACUCUUAUAAAAGUUUUACCUGUUAUCAAUAAACCCAGAGGUAAUUUUCCAAUUGGCUGUGAAAUUGUAUCAGGAAAUGAACAAGGCCACUUUUAUGUAUCCGAAAACGAAGCAAGAGAUUGCGAAAUUAGAACAAGGGAUCAAGGAUUAGAUUAUGAGAAAACUAGCAGAUACACAUUAAUCAUUAAUCUAAAUACUGUCGAAGGAUUUUUUGGUUCCUCUAGACUUACGACUCAAGUAAUUAUUAAUAUAAUAGAUAUAAAUGAUAACAGGCCUCAAUUUGUAAUACCACCUAGAUACAGUCAGCUUACUUCAAAUCGUUACUUAGCUGCUUUAUCUAGUGAUGCUCCUGUAGGAACUAAAUUUUUUCAAGUUAUUUCAAAAGAUAGCGAUAGUGGAAGCAAUAGUCGUUUAUCUUACGAGAUAAAUAGAGAAUCUGAUCCAGAGAAUCGAUUCAAAAUCGAUUCGACAUCAGGUUUUAUAAGUAAUAAUAAACCUGUUGAAGAUAUUGUUGCUGAAGAUUUACCUCUUCAACUUCAAUUAGUUGUUAGAGAUAAUCCUGAUCUGUUGAGUUCAUCUCUUCUACAAACUGUUGAAAUUUUGAUAAAUGUUAUUAACGACGAUAACCGAAUGGUUUUAGUUGUAAAGGAUGCAUUACCAAAUCAGAUGUUAGAUAUGAAAGAAAAUAUCUUAAGCGUAAUUCAAGAAAGAACGGGAAUAAUUCCCGAUUUUGAGAAGGUUUCCAUUCUAAAAUUACUGAAAAAUAAUUCUAUUGAAACAGAUAGCACAGGGAGCGAUUUUUGGUUUUAUAUGGUAGAUCCGGUAACAUUUCGUAUCUUGGAUAGAAACGAUCCUCGUAUACAAUCAACGGUUUUAGAAGAUGAUUCGCAACUUGGUUUGGUUGCUGAAGUAUCCAGUGUUUUAGGAAUUAAAGCCAAAUAUAUCAGACUACCUUUUGUUUUAACAAAUCCAGAUAAUUCAGGAGGAAAUACUAAACAUGGAGUCAAACCUGUCAAAGCAGAAGUAGGAGUGAGUGAUUUGGGAGCUGCUCUUAUCGCUUUAGCAUGCAUUAUCGUACUCUUAGGUGUAGUUGGCAUUAUAUAUCACUGCUUUAUGUGGUCAAGAUACGUUGCAUACAGAGAAAGAAUGAAACGCCUUUGCGUGGCUCCAAGAUACGAACCAGUUUUUGUUGAACCCAGUCUGAAAGAAUAUGAAACUCAGGUACUGCAAAUGAGUGUUCCAUUAGACGAAGAAGGAAGUAUACCCGAUCCUAAUCUACCUAUAAAUCUAAAAGGGCUCGAUGCUGUUUCUUACAUCACCAGAGAUAGAGGUGAUGGAUCUGCUUCAGCUUUUGGUGGCAGAACAUUAUCUACAUUUCGAGGUGAUUCAAUUUCUCAAGUAGAUAAAAUGAAAAUUGAAAAUAAUUCAAUGAAUACCCAUCCGAAACUUGAAGAUGAUAUGAUGAUUCCUGUGAAAAAUCCAUUAUACGACGGUUAUCUUGAUGAUAUCGAUGAUGAACCUUCGUUAGAUCGAGAUGAUUUAGAUUUGAAAGAAACUCAACAAAAAUCAUCAAAGCCUCUUCAUAAAAUACCCCAUGUGGAGACAACCACUGAAUUAUGACAACUCCAUUCUAGUGAGAAAAAUAAGAAGAUAUCAAGCCAGAAACUUUUUCGUAAUAUCUUCAUUUUUUGAAGACUGCCAAAAGAAUAUAUCAAAGGCAUCAGACUUAAUAUUUUUUUUUGUACAACUUUGUAAAUAAUUAUACAUACGAUUUUUAUACAGUGGUCAAUAAAGUGCCAUAAAAAAUGUACAACUAACUUGACAAAUUGUAUUAAAACUAUUAUUUUUUCGCCAUUUUAAAA